GCCCCGCGGCCGCUUCCGCCGCGCCGCGCCCGCGCCCCCCGCGCCAUGGCCGCCCCCGACCUGUCCACCAACCUCCAGGAGGAGGCCACCUGCGCCAUCUGCCUGGACUACUUCACCGACCCGGUGAUGACCGACUGCGGCCACAACUUCUGCCGCGAGUGCCUGCGGCGCUGCUGGGGCCGGCCCGAGGGCCCCUACGCCUGCCCCGAGUGCCGCGCGCCCUCGGCCCAGCGCUCGCUGCGGCCCAACCGCCCGCUGGCCAAGAUGGCCGAGCUGGCCCGGCGCCUGCGGCCGCCCUCGCCCGUGCCCCAGGGCGCCUGCCCCGCGCACCGCGAGCCGCUGGCCGCCUUCUGCGCCGACGAGCUGCGCCUGCUGUGCGGCGCGUGCGAGCGCGCGGGCGGCCACCGCGGCCACCGCGUGCGGCCGCUGCAGGAGGCGGCCGACGAGCUGCAGGGGACGCUGCAAAAGUCUCUGGAGCACCUACGGAAGCAGAUGGAGGACGCGCUGCUGUUCCAGGCCCAGGCCGAGGAGACCCUGACCCUAUGGCAGAUGAUCGAGAGCCAGCGGCAGAACGUGGUGGGGGAGUUUGAGCGGCUGCGCCACCUGCUGGCCGAGGAGGAGCGGCGGCUGCUGCGGGCCCUGGAGGAGGAGGAGCUGGAGGCGCUGCCCCCCCUGCGGGAGAGCGCGGCCCGCCUGGGCCAGCAGAGCGCGCAGCUGGCGCAGCUCGUGGCGGAGCUCGAGGGGCGCUGCCGGCUGCCCGCCCUGGGCCUGCUGCAGGACGUGAGGGACACGCUGUGCAGGGUCCAGGAUCUCAAGCUGCAGCCGCCUGAGGUGGUGCCCAUGGAGAUGCGGACCGUGUGCCGGGUCCCGGGGCUGCUCGAGGUCCUGCGCCGCUUCCGAGGGGACGUAACCCUGGACGCGGACACGGCCAACCCCGAGCUGGUGCUGUCGGAGGACGGGAGGAGCGUGCGGCGGGGGGAGCUGCGCCAGGCCCUGCCCGACAGCCCCGCGCGCUUCGACCCCGGGCCCUGCGUGCUGGGCCGCGAGCAGCUGAGCGCCGGCCGCCACUACUGGGAGGUGGAGGUGGGGGACCGGGCCAGCUGGGCGCUGGGCGUCUGCAGGGAGGAUGCCGACCGCAAGGAGCGGGGCGAGCUGUUUGCUGGCAACGGCUUCUGGGUCCUGGCCUUCCUGGGCGGCUGCUCCGGCUCCACCGAACGCGCCUUCUCGCCGCUCAGGGACCCGCCGCGGCGCGUGGGUGUCUUCCUGGACUACGAGGCGGGACACUUGUCGUUCUACAGCGUGACCGACGGGUCGCUCCUGUACGCCUUCCCUGAGACGUCCUUCUCGGAGGUGCUGCGGCCCCUCUUCUCCCCGCUGUCCAGCAGCCCGACCCCCAUGACCAUCUGCAGGCCCAAGUGUGGGCCCGGGGACGCUCUGGCCCCCCAGUGACGGGGGCUGCCCAGGACCCUCGGGUGCCCCGGGCCCUCCUCCCCGAGCCGCUCCCACAGGCCCGCCAGCCCGCCCGGGCCUGGGGCGCUGCCGCGAUGCCCAGCGUCUAGAGGUGCGGGGUCCUCGGGCGCCCGGGGUCAUAGGGAGGGCGCGGCGAACACGUGCGGGUUAAGGGGACCAGAGUUGGACGCGGCGUGCGGGGGCACCCGGGCACAGCCCCCGCCCAGGAUCCGG